AUGCUUCUCUACAGACCCUCAAGCGGAUGCCGGCCUUCAGAAGACGCCGCGUGGAAUGGAGGAGUAGCAGGAUCUCAGGGAACUGGUGGAGUUGGUGGUGUUGGCAGUCCUGGGGGAGUUGGAGGUGGGGGUGGUGUUAACGGAGCGGGGGGUGCUCGUGCACUGCGUGUGCGUGUGUCCGGGGGUGCGGCACCCGCGCAUGCGAGACGUCUAUCCCCACCCCCAUCAGCACACCGCGCUACUACACCCCCACCACCUGCAGACCCACCUAUUAAACCAAACCAUGAAGACCCGGCACCUACAUCAACCGACUCCCCGAGCACAGCUCAGCUUAAGCCGGUCACGGCGGUCUCGCAUAUUACUGUCGCCAGCUCUCCAGUCCGCAGUGCGCCACCUCAGAGCAGUUAUGCCCUGGAACGAAGGGCUCCGAAGCAUGAUCAUCACCAUCGCUCGAUGGAGUCUGUACCGGCAGUACAGAAUGGGGUCCGAGAGUGCAACAGCAGUUCGGACGAGAACAGAUCCUCGGGGCACGCCUCGAUGUCGGACAGCGGCGGCGCUGACGCGGCCAGAGAUGAGCCACGGCGCUCUCGCCAGCCGCCACACGCGCGUACCAAACACCGGCCACACAAUAAGUUACAGUCGCCGUGGCCUGGUGGUGGAGGUCUGGAAGAUAUCAGAUCUGCCAUCAAGCAGUUGACUCUUCGAUCCAGGGACAGCAGCAGUACCGCCACAAGCGGAGCAUCCAGUGGCGGUGGAGGCAGCAAUACAGGAGCACCAGACGGCGGAAGUGCAGCAGAAGCGCGAAGAAGACGAGCGCCGCUGGUGCGGCAGCCCUCGCUCGACACUGUCUGCACCAACGUGACCAGCGCUGACGAGUUCGUGUGGGUGGACUCGCACAACAGACUAGUAGAGCUACGAUGCGUGCCGUGGACUGCGAGUGAAGUGAGCCGCGCACUACAAAAUGGCCGAUGUCGGGAAAUUGCGGCCAAAAUGGCGCCAGAUACUCCCCCGAGAUUAGCUUACUUAUUGCAGAGGGCGUUGGUGCGAAUUGCCCGUGAGGCGCAACGCUUGUCGCAGAACUUUGGCUUCUGCUCCAAGCACGAAGUGGCGGGCGCUUUCAAAAUUGUACUGAGCACGCCGCUGGCAGACUCUUGCAUCAAAGGCUGCCAGCGCGCGGCGACUAUGUAUGCGACGUCGGGCAGCGCGGCGCGGCGGUUGGGCUCAGCGGCGCGCGCUCGCACCAGUCUCGCGCCGGGCCGCUUCCAGCGCUGGAUGCUGGACGUGCGCGUCGCACCCUUCGUACAUGAAUACGCAGCUAUCUACCUGUGUGCCGGCAUGGAAACCCUCCUGGAGGAAAUAGCCUUGAUCGCAGGCAGCAGCUCAGCCUCCGCCCCUAUCACGCCGGCUGUGCUGGAUCACGCGGUCGCCAAUUGCGCUGAUCUGUGGGGGCUGCUGCAGCCAUACAGCCAUCUCAACGCCGGCAGGGUCGCCUCAGGAGCGUUAUCUUUGUCUCACUGGGAAUCUAUGAGCUCCCUUGGAUCCGGUUCUUCAUCAGGCGUGUCCAGACCGGAGAAUCGACAGCUUGGGCUCAGUCACGAUUCAGGAAUAACAACCAACGGUUCCGGAGGUUCGGGUACUUCCGGCGCAUCCGGCGGCAGCUGCGGCUUGUCCGGUGCGUCCGGCGCGUCGGUGCUGCUGACGACGUGCGCGGGCUCGCCGGCCGAGCUGCGCGCCGUGCUGCGCCGCGUGCAGCCCGCGCUGCCGCCGCUCUCGCCCGCCGCAGAGCGCGCGCUCUACUACUACAUGCGAUGCUCUCAGCUGGAGCACUCGAGUACGAGCGGGGCGGGUGGAACGGGCAGUGCGUGCGCGGCGUGGGGCGCAGCGCUGUGGGGCGAGCGCGGCGCGGGCGCGCUGCCGCCGCUUGGUGAGUGGGUGCGCGCGGCGCGAGCCUGCGCCAGCCUGCGCGCACCCAUCGCGGUGUGCGACGCGGACGACGUGCGCCAAGCCGCGCGGCUGCUGCUGCCGCAUGCCGACUGUCCGCCACGGCCCGUCACAACAGAGGAGGAACUGGAGCCGUCCUGGUCCCGAUGCUCCCGCAACCCUGAGGAGUUGAGCCGGGCAGCGUUGUCCUUGGCGCACCGCGCGCUGCUCACAGGAAGACCAGAACUGAUAGGAGGCGCCCGCGCGCUAUUACCACCGCAAGGACUGGACACUCCUGACAGCUCAGGACUUACAGUGCUGAUGAAGGCAGCGCUUGCUGGUGAUGAACACGUGGUCGCUAUGCUACUGGAAGCGGGCGCGGACCCCAACGUGGAGACGGUGGGCGCGGCUACGCAUCACUCGGCGCUACUUUCCCCGCGCUCCCCCCGCAAACUCCUCGCAGCACCCCACAAUCUAACCCCUCCAGUGGAUACACACCUCCCACUGCAGACCGAGUUCGGUACAUCAUGCACUCUCUCGAAAAUAUUUGAUGAUGCCGAACUCGAACGACUACGACGUGAGGCUAUUCCAUCAUCAAAUGAAUCGGUUAUGGCUGGGGAUGCAGCUCCACAUGCGACAGACAAGCAUCCACACGUGGAAGCCGCCAUGGAUCUUCCAGUUGUGGUUGAUUCGAAGGACGAUGAAAUAGUCUCCCACGAACUAGAGCAAAUGAGGAGCAUAUUGAAUGAGGCGAUUUUGGAAACGCGCAGCACCCCUCUCGAAAAUCGACCGCGACUUCCCCGCGACCUAAGCAAGCGAAAUUCUUAA